CAAUAAGUUUAUAAUUAAGUUCAAGGAGACAAUUACUGCAGCCAAAGGCCACCAUGAGAUUGCCUAAUUUGAAAGCCCUAUUGGGUUCAUUGCUGCUCUUUCUUCUAGCAGUAUUUCCCGACCAUGCCAUUGCCCACCAUAGGCCAAGCUUCACUGCUGGCCCUUGGAAGCAAGCUCAUGCCACAUUCUAUGAAGGAGGCUCCGGAACAUUUGGUGGAGCUUGUGGUUACCAUGAUGUUGUUCAAGAAGGAUAUGGCCUGGAGACAGUAGCAUUGAGCAAUGCAUUGUUCAACAAUGGACAGUCAUGUGGUGCAUGCUACGAUAUCAAAUGUGUAGACCAACCUCAAUGGUGCAAGCCCGGGAAUCCGAUUCUGCAUGUUACGGCGACUAACAAUUGCCCCCCGAAUUGGAAUCAGGCAAGCAACAAUGGAGGAUGGUGCAAUCCACCACGCGAGCAUUUUGACAUAGCCAAGCCUGUAUUCCUCAAUAUUGCCGAGUACAAGGCUGGCAUCGUCCCAAUCGAAUAUCGCAGGGUUUCAUGCCAAAAGAAAGGAGGUAUUCGAUUCACAAUAACCGGGAACCCUUACUUCAACGAAGUGUUGGUGUGGAAUGUGGCAGGAGUUGGGGAUGUGGUCAGCGUGCAAGUGAAGGGCCACGACAAGUUGAAAUGGACAAUGAUGAAGCGGAUGUGGGGUCAGAGGUGGGUUACUGAUGCCAAGUUGGUUGGUGAGUCACUCACCUUCCGAGUCCUAGCAAGUGAUAAAAGAUACUCCACCUCAUGGCAUAUAGCCCCCAAGAAUUGGCAGUUUGGCCAGACGUUCGAAGGCAAGAACUUCCGAUAGAAAAAUGAUCUUGGUGUUCCAAUUACACAAAACCCAAACCACAACCAUAUGUAUGCUUAUGUUAUGAUGUCCACAUGAAAUCUUAUGUCAAAAUUCCUCAACUGUACAAGCAUUUCCUUGGCCAAUGCUAAUAAAUUACAUAGUUAAAAGCUUAAAAGUAUU